ACAGGAGCGAGUUUCAGCGUAUUGUUGUUUUUGUUGUCAGACUAAAGUAAACAAAGCUUUUCGGGUUGUUUUUUUCUCGUUUUUUUUUUAGGUGUAAAGCUUUAUUUUAUUCAUUUUUAGUUUUUAAAUCAUACAACAAUAAAUAAGUGACAGUUGUUUUUUUUGUAGUGACAGUUAAAGAUCAUAGAAAGUGCUGGAAAACAGUGAAGAAGAAGAAAAUGAAUGAGAAUGAAGAUAAGGAAGGAUCAUCAUCUCUGAAUAACACCAAAGAGGUAAACAAGACCUAUAUUAUAUCCACCCUGCCCCGAGGCCGGUGUCAGGAGUCUCCCAUGGCUGGACGUCUCACGCUUCAGAGAAGAAACACAUCCAGCAGAAACACUCGGGACGUUGAUCAGGAAGCGGGUGAGAAUACAGAGAACCAGGGUCAUGUUAAACGGUUAACCUUACAGAGACGAACCAGAGCGGGAGCGGACUCGGGCUCGGCAUCCCGUCCACACUGGUCCAGCAUGACCGAGAAACGAGCCUGGACCUGCUCCAAGAUCCUGUCCGAGCCCAACAGCCGAACAGUUCCGGCUCCAGCUCCUACUCCUCUGAGAUCUGUCAGUCUGAAGGAAACCGGCAUGAAAGAUCUCAUCAAGGCUGUACACACUCCUGGAAAGACGACAGAGAAAGCUCAGAGCAUGGGCCGGGACCAGAAGAAGAUCUCGACGCCGACCGGGAAAACCUGUUUCGAGAGGAUAAGCCUGAAGAAAGAGGUUUUCGAGAAAUUAUCCGUCAAAGAUCAGUCGAGAGUGUUCACCGCAAAACCAGCAGGCGGUGACCCGCACAAGCAUUCGGGCGCUGAUCCGAAGGGAGCGUCGAUCCCAGGGUCUGCCAAGAAGUUUCCGAUUAUCGGUCAAAACCGGAGCACGAUAUCCACCGUGAGGAAAAACACACCUCAGAUUCCCACAGGUUCAAACCCAAAACCGAAGCCUUCUCCGACUGAGACGCAGGUUCCUGUUGAUCUAUCAUCUGAAGAGCUGAAGAUGGAAAACAGCACGGUGACGGUCGCGGUUCGAGUAAGACCUUUCAGCCACAGGGAGAAGAAUGAAAACGCCGGUCGAGUCAUUUUCAUGGAGAACCACGAGACCGUAGUUCAGCAUCCCGAUACUAAACAGACGUACUCCUUUUCGUUCGACUUCUCCUUCUACUCGGCCGACGAAACGGACCCGAAUUUCGCCGGUCAGCAGACCAUUUAUGAAACCUUGGCUAGACCGUUGCUUGAAAGAGCUUUUGAAGGAUUUAACACCUGCCUCUUUGCGUACGGACAAACGGGCUCUGGAAAAUCCUACACAAUGAUGGGUUUUGGUGAAGAGCCUGGGGUUAUACCCAGAUUCUGCGAGGAGCUAUUUGCCAGGGUGGCCAGUGCUGACAAAAAUGUGUUGACUUGUCACCUGGAGAUGAGCUACUUUGAGGUGUACAAUGAGAAGAUUCACGAUUUGCUCGUGGUGAAGGACGAGCAAAACCGAAAGAAGAUGCCUUUGCGGGUCCGAGAGCACCCCAUCGACGGGCCGUACGUCGCGGAUCUGUCUACGAAUGUGGUCAGCUGUUACUCUGAUGUCCAGGCCUGGCUUGAGCUUGGCAACAAGCAGCGUGCUACUGCAGCUACAGGCAUGAAUGACAGAAGCUCCCGGUCUCACUCCGUCUUCACUCUGGUCAUGACUCAGACUAAGACAGAGUUAGUGGAAGGAGAAGAACACGAUCACAGGAUAAUCAGCAGAAUCAACCUGGUGGAUUUAGCCGGCAGCGAGCGCUGUGCCACGGCUCAGACCAGCGGAGACCGGCUCAGGGAGGGAGCAAGUAUCAACAAAUCUUUGCUGACUCUUGGGAAAGUCAUCUCUGCACUUUCUGAACAAUCUCAGGGCAGAAAGAAGACCUUCAUCCCGUACAGGGAGUCGGUCCUGACGUGGUUGCUGAAGGAGAGCCUGGGUGGAAACUCGAAGACGGCCAUGAUCGCGACGCUGAGUCCAGCCUCCAGCAACGUGGACGAGAGCCUGAGCACUCUGCGCUACGCUCAGCAGGCCCGUCUGAUCAUCAACAUCGCCAAGGUCAACGAGGACACCAAUGCCCAGCUCAUCCGAGAGCUGAAGGCAGAGGUGGAGAAGCUGCGGGCCGCCCAAAUGAGCUCGCAGGGCAUCGAUCCAGAAAAGAUGAGACAAUUCCAGCAAGAGAUCUCCGCCCUGAAGUCUCAACUCUCUCAGCAGGAACACGAAAUGGCCGAGGUGCACAGAACAUGGAAGGAGAAACUGGAGCACGCAGAGAAGAGAAAACGCGAAGAAACCAAAGAGCUCCAGCGAGUAGGCAUCACAUUUAAAGUGGAUAACCGGCUCCCCAACCUUGUGAACCUGAACGAGGAUCCUCAGCUGUCAGAGAUGCUCUUAUACAUGAUUAAGGAGGGGCAGACCAAGGUCGGCAAGCUCAAGUCUGAAUCGGCGCACGACAUCCAGCUCUCCGGGGCCCUUAUUGCAGAUGAACAUUGCGUUAUCUCCAGCGUUAAUGGUACGGUCAGCAUCACCCCGAUGGAAAACGCCAAGACGUUCGUGAACGGAAACCUUGUAUCUGAAACCACCGUCCUCCACCAUGGAGACCGAGUCAUUCUCGGAGGCGAUCACUAUUUCCGCUUCAACCACCCGGCCGAGGUGCAAAGUGGAAAGCGGGCGUCCUGUUGGAGCAACGGAGACGGACACAAGGACUUCGAGUUUGCCAAGAACGAGCUGCUUUCAGCUCAAAGAGCUCAACUAGAGGCAGAGAUUGAAGAUGCCCGAAUGAAAGCCAAGGAAGAGAUGAUGCAGGGAAUCCAGGUGGCCAGAGAAAUGGCCCAGAAGGAGCUGUCGGACCAGAAGCUUCAGUAUGAGAACCGGAUCAAAGUCCUGGAGAAAGAACUUGAGGAGGAGGCCGAAAGAAAAAGAGCACAGGAGGCUGAGAAGCAGAAGGUCACCAGCAAGAUGGAGGAACUGCAGACAGCGAAGUCUAUCCUGGAAAAAGAAAUGAGCACGCACAAGAAACGGUUACAAAUGGAGGCCCAGGCUGCCAGACAGGCCAUGGCUGAUAAUGAUAUUCGACAUGCUAAAAUCCUCGAAGCUCUAGAAGCAGAGAAAAGGAAAAUCGCAGGAGAUCUAGCUGAAAUUCAGAAGAAACGUGCCCUCAAGCUGAACCAGGCUCAGACUCCCAAGACUGCUCCUCCACAGUGGGAUGCCAUGAAAUUGUCGCUUAUGAUCGAAGAAGCGAACAAAAUAAGCGCCAAAUUAAGGAAACACACAGUGUUCAGCAGGCACGAAGUGUCCGAGCUGAGGAAUGAAGGAGGAAACACUGAAACGCAAAUCCAAGUGCAAAACACUAAACUGGGCAUCUCUACCUUUUGGAGCAUGGAGAAGUUCCAAAGCAGCCUGGCUGUCAUGAGGGAGCUGGAACAGGGCGUUUGCACCACGAAAGACGACGAGGUGUUUUAUGACCCCAAUGAUCACUGGGAGCCAGACAUAUCUUCAGCAUCCACAGAGUCUUCAUUCUCUCGCAGAAGGAGCAGGAGUCUGCUGAAGAGCAGACGCAUCUCCGGGCGACUCUAUGAAAUCCGAGUGCACCCCAUCCAGAGUUUAAACUGCACCUCGUCACAGCCUACGGGCCUGAUUAGCAUGAGCAAACCUCCUCCUUUUCACUCCAGCACGUCCGACUCGGCCUUGCCUGGCAUCUGCAAAGACCUCAUAGCUGCCACGGUUUCGCGCUUACGUGCCAGUUCAUCUGCAGGAGAAAACGAGAGCCUGGCAGACAAACUCACCCUGGACCUCUUGUCCAUUUUUAACGCUGCAGACUCCAUCGCCGGCUUGUACGGGCAGCUGGAUGACAACAGCCAGGAGAACUUGUUUGCAUGCAGCACCGAAGCACAGACUCAUCUUGUGAGAGCUACGUCGGCUAUCGAGAGAGCUGUGUUCGUUACCACGCACUGGGUCUCCAGUAUCUCAGCACUCAGUACUCAGUCAGUCUCCCAAACGGUGGAGGAGCUCAAGACUGAAGUAAAGAACACAGGAGGAUAUUUUCAGCUCCUCAUUCAGGGUUGUGAGUCCGAAAUCUCCUCUAUGGUGACCGAGGCCCAGAGGAAGGUGGGGAGGAGUACGGACGCAGCUCUGAGCGCCACGGCUCACCUAGCAGCAGUAACCGGCACACGUCUUGAUCUGGCUGAACACGGAUCAGACAUCGUAGGCAAAAGGUCUGCUGCGAUGUGUCUGCGCGAUGGGACGUGCCGAGGCGUGAGAGCUCUUCUAGAUGAGGCGCUCCUGAUCAGCAGAGAGAUGCUCAGACACGCUCAGUUAGCUCAACCAAGAAAUCAGAUUUUACAGAAACUUAAAGUGAAAAUGCUAGAGGUGGCAAAUCAUUUGCAAAGCUACAUUCACUGCAACAUGUUGAAGAAACCUGAUCAUAUGGAAAAUUAUCCAGAGGGAGCCGAUGCUGUACAGAUGGGACGCUUGAGAAACACGGCCUCCAAACUCUUUGAGCUAAACUACGCUCUUCAGCAGCUUCAAUCCUCUUUGUCUCGCACUCUAAGAGGUAAAGGCAGCGAUGUUGGUCUCACAUCGUUCAGAGAUACAGUCCAGUCUUUGACCAAGACCAUUAGUGGCCUAGUGCACGGGUUACCGAGACAGACGGACGUCUGCCACGCCGGUACUCUUCAGCUGCCGUGUAUCAAGAGCGUCAUGGAUGCGCGAGACGACCUGCACUCCGCUUUAUGCUCUCUAGCAGAACUGUUUAAUGAGAGCAUCGAAGAUGAUGUGGAAUCCAGGACCUUCGUGAAGCGUGAGCUCCAAGAAACAGCUCCAGGCUUAAGAAAUCGAACCGUUCCUAAAACAGUGUACUCGCCGUCCUCAGGCGUCAGCUCGUGCUCCAGAGACAUCCGCUGGGUUUGAGCUGGGUGUUCUUAAACAAAAAAUAAUAAUAAAUAAAUAGGAUAAGUGAUUAUAUUAUAAUAGUCUGAGCACCAGCAGGAAAUUUCCAGCAUGCACAUUUUUCCACAAAGAGGUACUGUAAUAUUAAAAGCACAAAUAUAACAUGUCUACAUGCCUUUUUUUAUUCAGAAGUGAUAAAUAUUAUCAUUUUACAUUAGAAUAUGCGAUUGUUUUAUAUAUAUAUAUAAUACAGGUAUGGGUGUUUUUCUUGUAUAUAACUAAGGAUAUAGUAAUAAGUUGGAGUUGGCAAUGCAAAAAAUAAUAAUUCUAAUAAAAUUUUGUUUUUUCUUUUUAAAAAAAAAAUACAUUAUUUCUUUUACUCACUCAAUAUUCAUAUAUGCACUGUUUUGCAGCUUUGCACAAACUUUCCACAAUCCCUGUCAUAUGUUUGUCCUUUUACAAGGUCAUUAUAGAAUAGCAUUUUAUUUAUAAUCAUGUAGUAAUUUAAUAGGUUGUGUACUAUUUUUAUAAUAAACACU